AAUUUAUCGCUCCAAGAUGGCGACUGAUCGAGGGCCUCCCUCUCAAAGCACAGCGUAUUUGGCAAGUGGAGGGAACUUCUCUACAGCUCCAAGACCUUUUAUUGGCGGUUAUGAUGUAGAAUUUGUUUCUGCCAUCCCCCCAGACUACAUAUGUCCUAUAUGUCAGUUAGUUUGUCGAGAUCCAGUGCAAACUACAGAGUGCGGCCAUCGAUUUUGUGAAAGUUGUUUAGAGCCGAUUCUGAGGUCAGAAAUUUGUUCUAUUUAAUCAUUAAUUUGACGAUGUUUGCACUGUAAUUCUUGUUUCAUAAUUUUUGUAUUUAUUCCAGGAAAAAUGGAUCGUUUUGUCCACUAGAUAGACGAGCACUGACCAGAGAAAAGGUUU